AUGGCUCCCCACCCGCUCCUCCCUCCUCUGCCGACCCCUCAGGCCUCGUCGUCGGGAUCGACAACCACCGCCUACAAGCCCUCAGCAUUCUUCAUCCACGCUCCCAAUGAGCCCGUCUUCCAGUCACACCCUGCCCUCUCCACUGCCGCCAAGGUGACCGUGAUCAGCGCAGGAGUCGGUUUGCUUGUCAGUUCCGUGCAGAACGCGUUGGACAAGCACGAUAGGGGAGCGAUGGGUAUCUUUACCAGGACAGGAGGGACUAUCAGCUUUUUCGCUGGGAUGGGAUUCACCUACGCUUUUAGUCAAGCCGUGGCUGCCAACGUGCGAGAGACUGAUGAUGCCCUGAACUCUGCUGCGGGAGGAUGUGCCGCUGGUUUCUUUGCCGGAGCUCGAGCGGGAUCCUUCCCCAUCGGUGUCGCUUCAUGUGUCGCCAUCGGUACCCUUCUGGGAACAUUCGACGCCGCCGGAAAGUCCUUGACCGGUACGGACCGUCUUUCUAUUCCCCGACCUGAGCGGGAACAACGUCGGUUGGAGUUCUUCAAGAAGCCCAAGAAGAUCAUGGGAGAGGGGGAUGCCGAGGUCGUCAUCUAA